GCGUGUGCGCAAGCCCCAAAGUCAGCGAGAUGUCCCUGCGGGGAGCAGUCCCUCUGCACCCCAGAGAGAGGAGGACGCAGGGGUCUGUCGGAGGUGGCCUCUGGGCGAGCAGGGGAGGCGCCGGUGGAAGGUGUCGGGCUGGUGGACCCCUAGCACUCAGGAAGGGGAGCCGGCGAGCGAGAAGGGGCAUCUGGGACGGUGCGCGAGAGCCCGGAAGACUCCAGCCAUGCCUCACAGCUCCGACAGCAGCGACUCCAGCUUCAGCCGCUCUCCUCCCCCUGGCAAGCAGGACUCAUCCGACGAUGUGAGAAAAGUUCAGAGGAGGGAGAAGAACCGUAUCGCUGCCCAGAAGAGCCGGCAGAGGCAGACACAGAAAGCCGACACCCUGCACUUGGAGAGCGAAGACCUGGAGAAACAGAACGCAGCUCUGCGCAAGGAGAUCAAACAACUCACGGAGGAGCUCAAGUACUUCACCUCGGUGCUGAGCAGCCACGAGCCCCUGUGCUCUGUGCUGGCCAGCGGCACGCCCUCGCCCCCGGAGGUGGUGUACAGCGUGCCUGCCUUCCAUCAGCCUCACAUCAGCUCCCCGCGCUUCCAGCCCUGAGCUUCCGGGACAGGAGGAGGUCGGAGCCUCCCCAGCGAUGCUACUCCCACUGGCCAUUGGAGGGGCAUGCAAACCUAGGCCAGGCUGCCCUCAUAGCUCCAUGCGGAGACCCAGUGGCAGGGGCCUGGACAAGUAGUGAACACAAGAACUACAGUGGCCGGAAGGACUUGAAGCUGCAGGAAAUUAUACCCAAUGGACUCCACCCUACAUGAAAGAAGCGGCUGCCCCGGAGUGUCAUGGAUGAUGCCCCAGAACCCAUAGCACAGAAGGGAGA